UGAAUGCUAACUAUCACAUUCGGUUUUUAGUUAAUUCUUUUUGGCUUAGUUGUUUGUUUAUUUCAGUGUGCGUCGUUUAAUACUUUUAUCAAUAUAUAUUUUUUAACUUAUUUUCUUUGCCCACAUCGGUAACGGCGAGAAGCUUUAAUUUUUUUCCAGUCUGUGGAUAUAAUUUUGAUCGAUCACGAGCACGAUGACCCGUCAUUUGUUGGUGGCGAGCUUGUUAAUCGCCGUCGUCGUUCAACCGUUCAGCGCGGUGCCGGGAGCGCAACACGACCGGGCGCUGUUCGUCAAGUCCGAAGACAUACGCAAAGCUAGAGAACUCCACACUAAAGUUUCCCAGAUAGCACCCAACUCGAUGGAUCAAACGGUCGACCACAUACUCAUGUGGCUGCAGUCCAGAUACCAGCAAAACCAAAGACAGGCUCGUCAAAACCCGGAGCCACAACGACCCCGGCCUUUCGUGGCACCUCAACCUUUGCAGGAUUUCCGAGGCUAUCUGCCUCCUCAACCGCCGCCACAGCCGGAAUUCCCUAUAGGCCAGCAAACGACUGCUGUUACCGAACCUACCCCGUCCACCGAGGCGGUCGGUCAGUUCUUCCAAUCCGUAGCGACCGAUGCACCGCCCGAAGGCACUGCACCACCGGUCAUCGUAGACACUGCUUCGGACUUGCAAGCGCCGGCUGUUUUCUCGCAACAAACCACAACAACCUUCACGAACGAACCGUCGGAAUUCCUAGUGACCAACCCGCCGUUUGAAGCCAAUGCCGACUCGUUGCAAUCGAAUCUGAACGACGUCGUUCAUCCGCCUCACAUCCACGACAUGAACGUCCAGUGCACAAAGGACAUGAUGACCAUCGACGUGGAGUUCAACAGACCCUACGACGGCGUGAUCUAUUCAAAAGGCUUUUACAACAAUCCGGAAUGCAGGUACGUGAACGCCAACUCGGCACAAACGAAGUACACGUUCAAAGUGAUGUUGAACUCUUGCGGAACGCACUUUGUCGACGAAUUCUCUUCUGGCAAACAGGCGUACUUGGAGAACGUUUUGGUGGUGCAGAACGAACCGGGAAUACAAGAAGUGUGGGACGUGAUCCGUACCGUAAGAUGUUUGUGGGAAGGCAAUUUGAACAAAGCUCUGUCGAUAGCCCUGAACAUCGGUAUGCUCAACCAGGAAGUGGUGACGUUUAGCGGGGACACUGCCACGGCUAGACUCGACAUUCAAGCCGGCAAAGGUCCGUUCGCUCCGGUCGCCAACGGCUUGGUGAAAAUAGGAGAAACGAUGACUCUGGUCGUGACCGUAGACGGAGAUCCGGGUUUCAACGUGCUGGUAAGAGAGUGCGUGGCCCGCGACAACGUCCCUGAGUCUGGCAACCAGCUGCAGCUGACCGACAACCAAGGGUGCGUGGCCAAACCCAAGCUAUUCGGCAGCUUCCAGACGACCACCAAUCCAGCCACCGGUUCGCUAAUAGCCUACGCGUAUUUCCAAGCUUUCAAGUUCCCGGACGUCAUGGACCUGUUGAUCGAAUGCAACGUAGAACUGUGCAAAGUCAACUGUCAGCCUUGCGCAGACCCCAAUCAAAAAACAGAUCCCGGUCGCCGUAGAAGGCGCGACGUGGUGCCGGCCAACGGUACGAUUAAUGCGCUGUACGACAAUGCCGGUGGAGAUGCGGAUUCCAUGAUGUUGGUGGGUCGAGUGCACGUUUAUUCCCCCGACGACCUGUUGACCGACAACGGUUUCAACCAGACCGCCGGCACGGACCUCCUGGAUCCGUUGCAAGGGUUCAUUUCAGGAGACAGGACUUUGUGUCUAUCGUCAAGGAAGUUCUACUUCACUUAUUCGUUUAUGGUAGCAAUGACUUUAUUAUCGAGUGCGAUCAGUCUGACACUGUGGAUUCGAUUACAGCGAAAAGCCUUCAAGGUCUGAACGACAAAUAUUCUAGUUAAGUCGAUACUGUUUUAUGCAACAAAAACCACACGAGCUUGUUAGAGUUGUCAUCCGGACGAAACAACACCGCCGUUCGGAUUCAAAAAAAAUAGUAUAAUCAAAUUUUAGUAAUAAUAUGCUACCCCAUUAUUACAAACAUGACAAAAUGCCAAUAUUUUUUUUUUUUAUACCAUAUUUAUUUUAAGUGUAAAUACAAAAAUAAUUACCAACUCAUAAAAAUAUUAUAUUAUAUAACUCUUUUAUAUAUAUAUAUAUAU